AUAAAAUAUAAAAAUAGUAAAUUAAUAUAAAAUAAAAUAAAAAAAAAUAAAAAUAAUAUAGCAGAAGCAGUAUAACAAAACGAAAAACAUAAGUAAUACAUAAUAAGAAUUAAAUUAAAAUAUAAAAAUUUACUGUUAUAAAAAAUAUACACAUACACAUAAUAAUAUAAGCUAUACUAAUAAAAAAAAGAAGUAAAAUAAAUAAAUAAAAAGAAAAAUGGGGGAAGAAAUAGCGACUGAUACAAAUGAAAAGCCGGAUAUGACAAGUUUUGGCAAAUUUUGUCGUAAUCGUGGAAUUAAUCCAAAUUUAAUUAUGUUAAAAAUAACUUUAUUCGUUAUGUAUGGAGCGACCUCAUCUCUCUUACCAUAUUUAACAAUUCAUAUGCAAUCGAUUGGAUUAACAGUUGAAGAAAUUGCCAUUAUUUAUUUAGCAUUACCGUUUACGACAUUUUUAAGUCCCCCAAUUACAGGUUUUUUGGUUGAUAAAUUCGGAAAAUACAAGCCAGUUGUUGUUAUGAGUUUAGUUUUAAAUGCGAUAUUUCAUCAUUCGUUGCUGUACAUUCCGCAACAGGAAAUUCCAGGUACAAUGCCAGCCGCUUAUGUUAUUCGUCAUCCAGACACUGGGGAUGCUGAGCUUUGGUGGUCACCAUGUCCAAGUCGUGAAUGUCCCGAAGAAAAAGAAAUGAUGUUAAUUGUUGACCAAUGUUUUGAUCAUUGUUUAUUAUUUGAACAAAAUCCAAAAAUAGAAAUAUUAUCACCAAAACCAUCCGGCUCGGUUGGAAAACGUGUACCAAAAGCUAAUUCGCUAAAGACAGCUACAACCACAACAACAACAACUACUGUACUUACAUCAACAACAACAGAAUUACCGACAACAACUGCAAAAAUACAGGAGUUAUUAACCACAACUACAAUAACAUCAGAUACACCGGACGUGCCAAAUACAACAAUUUUACCUUUUACAGUGCAAUCGGAAACAGUUGAUUAUUCAACUUUAGAUUUGUUAACAGUAACAGAAGCUUCUACAACUCAAUCAAAUAACAUAACGACAACAGAAUUUCUUGAAAAUAUUACAACUACUGUUUGGCCUCAAGUUUUGGAAUCAUAUAAAUUUGUGCUGCUUAUGCAUCCAGAUUUAGCUGAACCGACUGAACAUCUUGGUAUAGAAAUUGAGCAUGACGAUAAUGAAACAGUAACAAAUUUAAAUUCUCGCUUUGGAAUUAAACUGUUAAAUAAAUUUGGAGUUAAUUAUACUGCAUUAGAUGAUGAAGAUGUUCGUUGUGGUGGACUUAUUACAGAGACAAAUAAAACAAUUAAUAGGCAAAAAUUGACUGAUGCCACAGCUGAAUGUAUUAUUCAAAGGUGUAGAUUUGUAGAAAAUGGACCGGAUAUUUGUCCACCAGAUUAUAUUGAAAGUGAUGACACAAUAUUUUGGAUUUAUUUUGUAUUAAGAUUUCUAGCAACAAUUAUGUUAUCAGCAGGAGUAACCAUAAUGGAUCCAAUUGCACUUACAAUGAUAGAAAAAUAUGGUGGUGAUUUUGGACGUGAAAGAUUAUUUUCAAGUAUUGGUAUGGCUAUUUUUUCGCCAAUUACUGGUAUCAUGAUUGAUUACUCUUCAACUGGACUUGGUUACACUGAUUAUUCUGCUGCAUUUUACACCUAUGAUGUUUUAUUAACUAUUUCAAUAUUUUCGGUUUGUUUAAUGCCAUUAGGUGAUAAAUUACCAGCUGAUAAUGUAUUCCGAGAUUUAUGGAAUUUAUUAAGAAUGCCACAUGUUAUCAUAUUUAUUCUAUUUUUAUUCGCUUUGGGUAACUUUUGGGGAUUUAUUGAAAGUUUUUUAUUUUUAUAUUUGAAAGAAUUAGGAGCUCCAAACUAUUUAUUAGGUAUUACCAUAACAGUUGGAACUGUUAGCAGUAUACCAUUUUUGUAUGGGGCCGAAAAAAUUACCAGAAUAUUUGGACAUGUUAAUUUAAUUAUUAUUGCUUUCUUUUCGCACGCUGGACGUUUGGUUGGCUAUUCCUUUAUUGAGAAUGCAUGGUGGUGUUUUCCUUUUGAAGCAAUGGAAGCUCUAUCUUGUCACUUAAUGUGGGUUGCGGCGGCAACAUAUUGUUCAAUUUUAGCACCUAAAAAUUUAUUAGCCACAUUAAUAGGAGUUCUUGGAAUGGCUCAUUUCAGUUUAGGUAGGGGUAGUGGAUCAUUUACUGGUGGUUUAUUAAUUGGUCAUGUAGGAACUCGUGACGCGUUCCGUUACAUGGGAUUAUUAGCCGUCGUUGGCGGUAUCGCUUAUGGUUUAUUACAUUUAAUUUGGUUGAGAAAAUUUGAUCAUCAACUUGAUGAUAAAGAUGAUGGUGAUUAUGUUGAAGAUGUUGAAGACCCUGAAUGUGAAAAAUUAACAGAACCAAUGAAAAAAGAUGCUGGUACUUCUAUGUCACAAGAACGUUUAUGUUUAAUGAUCAAAUAUAAUCAAAUUGGAAGUCUUACUUCAUUACCAAGAGGAUCAAGAGUUGAUAUCCAUGAUCAUGUACUGCACAGGCGUAGUAGUUAUAAUAUAGAAUCAAUGAAAACUUCAAAAACAAGUACUGGUGGUAGUGCAUCAAAAGUUGAUUUGUUAAAAUCAGCAUUAGAAAUAAAUCAUAAAGUAUCAAAUAAUUCAGUAUUAGGUAAAAAUGAAAUUACAUCAAAUAUUUCAUUAGGAAGAAAUCGUGCCGAUAGUGCACCAAAAUUAAGUACGAAUUUAAAUUCGAAAAAUGUUUCACAACCAGCUUUAGAAGCUGUUGUAUUAGAAGGUAUAGAAUCGAAAUUUUAUCGAAGUAAUAGAAUGAAAAAAUAUCCGAGUGGAAUAUUACCGGUAGUUCAAGGAACAGAAUUUAAAAAAUCUCCUUCAAUAUUAGUUUCGGAUGAAGAACGUCGUGAAUCGAUACCGGAAGAGAAUGAAACAUCAAAUCAUAAAAUACAAAAUGAAAAAAAUGCUCCAACUAUUCAAGAAAGUAAAACGUGAUUUAAUUCAAUAAUAGAAUUAAUAAUAAUAUUAAUGCCAAAUUUUUAAUAAAUUAUAUUAAAAAAAAAAAAAAGAAUAAUAAUUUUAUUAUGUUAAUGUUGUUAGUUGAAAAAAAAGGAAGAAAAGAAAAGAAAGUAUGAAACAUAAAAUUGAAUUUUUAGUUUUUCAAAGGAGAAAAUUUUUUAUGUUUUUCUUAUUUUUUUCUUUUUUUUUUUUUUAGUUUUUUCUCGUUAUUAUUUUCUCGUUAUGUUUUAGUUUUAUGCUACUUGUAUUAUAUAUAUAAGUUU